AUGAAUUUCUGGGGUCCUGUUCGCACAUCGUCACAGGGGAAUCGAUAUGUGAUAGUGCUUACGGACAAUUUAUCAAAGUACGUGAUAGCAAAAGCGAUCUCAAAUAAUACUGCUAAGGCUACUGCUGAAUUCAUUAUGAACGAAUUCAUUAUGAUACAUGGUGCACCUGAACGACUUAUUACAGAUAACGGAGUACAUUUUAACCACACAUUAAUGAAGACAAUUACCACAAUGAUAAAAACUACUCAUUCAUUUUCAGCUUCGUAUCAUCCGCAAACGAAUGGCCAAGUCGAGCACUUUAAUGCUACGUUUUGUACACAGCUGGGAAAGUAUUAUGAUGAGAACGAAGAUGGCUGGGAUGAUUAUCUUCAGUCCGUAGUUUAUGUCUACAAUACAGGCAUCCAUGCUACAACUGGCUUUAUUCCGUAUGAACCUGCAUUUGGUCGACGACAAAAGAGUCCUUUUGAUUCUAACUCAAGCAAUUUCACUUUAACUCAACCGCAUACAUUUUUCAAAUAUUUACAAAAAACACGACGAACAAUUCUUAAACAAGCUCAAGAAAACAUGCGUCAUCAACAGCAAUUAACAAAACUGCGAUAUGGCAAACAUCGCAAAGAUAUGUCUUAUUCUAUUGGUGACUUAGUAUUUCUGAAGGUAUGUGCUAAUCGUACAAAAUUAGAUGAACGGCGGAUAAGACCUUGUCAAAUGAUCAAUAAGACAGGUGAACAAAAUUAUUUUGUUCAAAAUAAUGAAACGAAAAUUUACAUGAGCUCAUAUUAG